AUGAACAACAGUGAAGAAAAUAUUAAUUUAAAUAUGGGAAAAAAAAAGUAUGGAAAAAAUACAGUAAUUAAAAAUAUUGAAAGAUCAGAUAAAGAAAAAAUAGGAGAUAAUAAUGACGUAGAUAUAGAUAAAUAUUACAAUAAAAAUUCAGCUGAUAACUAUAAUGAAAAAAAUAUACUGAAAAAAACAAAAGAUGAAGAAGAAAAUGAAGUAAAAAAGGGUAAAGAUAAGCAUUAUGAAUCAGAGAUAAAGAAAGAUAUAGAAAAAGAAGAUGAGAAAAAAAGAAAAAAUAAAAAAAAAGUAAUGAAUGAAGAAAAUUUAGAAGCAGAAAAAAAAUUUCUUCUUAAUGAAAAUAAAGAUAUUAAGACAAAAGAAGAAAAUACAGAAAAUAAUGAAAAAGAAAAAUGUGAUAAAAUUUUAGAAAAAAAAAAGAGAAUGGAAACAGAUAAAAAUGAGACGAUUUAUACUGGUAAUAAUAGUAAUGAAUGGAGAAAUCAUAACAGUGAAAAUAUAAAGAACGGUAUAAUGUAUCAUUCAAAAAAUAAUAAUGUAAUUGGUGCAGAUAAUAAAGAAAAGCAAAAUGAAUUUAAUUAUUCUAAUAAAGAUUUAAUCAAAAAAAGAAAUUCUAACAAGAAUGAAAAUGCAAAUUUAGAAAAUAAUUAUAAUAGCAUAAAUAACUAUUCUAAUAAAAAUAGUUUUAAAUAUGAUUAUAAAAAUAAUAAAAAUUAUAAUAUAAAAUCAAAUAAAAAUUAUAAAAUCCCCUUAAUUAAUAAUAACAGUACUCUAAAUUAUAGUGAGUUUAAUCCUAAUGAAACAUUAAUUGAACCAAUUAAUAAUAUGUGUAUAUAUAACAACACACCAAAUUACAAUUAUUUGACUAAUUAUUCUUGUAAUUACCCAUAUAAUUAUUAUAUUGAUGAAAACGAUAAAAAUAUAGAAUUACCAAAUUACUAUACACCUAAAAUGUAUGGAGAAACGUAUAAUGAAAAUAAUUUUGAUGUUAGAUAUAAUUACAAUAUGAUUAAUGAUUUUUAUAAUUAUUUUCCUCUUAACUGUUAUUAUUACAAUUUUAGUAAUCAUUAUUUUGGAAACUCAAAUUUUAAUAACGGGAAUAAUAUGUAUCAUGAUAAUUUAAAAAAUAGAAAAAAUAAAAAAUUUUUAUAUGAUAAAAAUAAAAAGAAAAAUUUAAAAAAUAUUAAUUCAUCCAAUGUAUAUAAUGAACUUAAAAGUAGAGUUAUAGAAAUAUUUAAAAGAGAAAACAUGAUGUCAGAUGAUUAUUUAUUAUAUUACAUGUAUAAUAAUAUAAAAUUAAAUUUUGAUGUAAUAGCUAAGCAUCCAUAUAUAUCUCCAUUAGUUAAUAAUAAUACUAACAUAUUAGUUAAUGUUCUAAACGAUUUAAAAUAUAUUAACCUGAAUAAAAAGGAAAAAGAAAAGGAAAAGGAAAAAGAAAAAGAAAAGGAAAAGGAAAAUGAAAAUGAAAAAGAAAAAGAAAAACUGAAUGUGGAUAAUAAUAGUAAUAAUAACACUAUAAAUUCGAAUGACAAUAUUGAUAGUAAUUCAAAUGAUAAAAGUAAUACUUCAAAUAAUACAUCAGUAAAAAAUGAUGUUAAUAAAAAGAGUAUUAAUGAUAAAGUAAAUUUAAAAAAACAUCAAAACUCAAGCGAAAAUAAAAAGUGCUUUGAAGAAAAAGAGAAUAGUAGUGCUAUAAUAAUUGAAAAAACAGAAAAAAAUGAUGAAGAUAAAAGAGAAAAUUUAACUGUUAAUAUAAAUAAUAAUACAAAUAUUUUUAAUUCAAAAGAAUCUUCAUUAUCUACAGAUAAGAUAAAUAAUUCAGAAGGAAAGAAAUUAUUAAAAGAUGAUAAUAAAUUAAAGAAUAAAAACGAUAGUGAUAACUCAAAUAAUAAAAAUGCUGUUAAUAAUAAGGAAUAUAUAAAAGAUAACAAUAAGGAUAAUGAAAACAUUACACAAAAUGAGGAAAAUUAUGAAGAAGAAAAAAAAAAAGAAAUACAUUUAAAUAAAUUCAAAAAUAAUGAAGUUAAAAAUGAUAACAAAAACAUCAUUAAUAAGAAUGAAAUUGUAGAUGUAGGUGAUAUUAAAAAAGAAGAUAAUAUAAAAGAUGGAAAUAAAGUAAAUGAAGAUGUUUUUAAGGGAAAUCAUAUUAUUAAUGAAGAGAAUGUUAAUAAUGAAAAUGAGUUUAAUGAAAAAAAAAAAAAAAAAGAUGAAUUUGUAAAUAAUGAAGAAAAUAUUACAAAAGAAAAUAAAAAUAAAAGUAAUAAAAGCAAAGGUGGUGAAUUAAUUAGUAAUCCUAAAUUAGUGUUUGAAGAAGAUAAUAAAAACUUUUUAUUAAAUUUAAAUAAUAAAAGAAAUAUUAUAAUUAUUAGAGAUAUAAAUUCACAUUAUAUUAAUACUAUAAAAAGCAUUGUUUUAAAUUGUCCAAAUAUCCAGUCGAAUGAUUUGUUAAAUAUUAGGAAUGAUAUAAACAACACAAUAUUUAUUACUUUAAGGAGUGAAAAGAAAACGGAAAUAUUAGCACAAUAUUUAAAAACAAAAUCUGUAAAUGAUAAAAAGUUAAAUGUUAGAAUAAAAACAACUCAAAAAAUUCAAAAUAUAAUUGAAAAUAAUAUUUUCAAAGGAGGAAAUAACAGUGCAUCUAAUAAUAAUAAUAUUAAUAAUAAUAAUAGAAACAAUAAUAAUAAUAAUAGUAGUAGUAGUACUACCACUACGCCUACUACUAUCAAUAAUAAUCAUCUAAGCAUGAUAAAUAGUAAUGUUACUCUAAAUCCUAAAUCACCAUUUAAUUUUAAUAAUUUAUAUUUUAUCCCUAACACUUUAAGUAGCUACGAUAAUAUAUAUGGGAAUACCAAUCAUAAUAAUAGUACUAAUUUAGAUUCUUAUUUAAAUUAUUACAAUUAUAAUGUUAAUAGUUCCUACAACUUAUUUUCGAAUAUAAAUUCUUGUGAUUCAUAUAAUGCAUAUAAUAUUUAUAAUAACUCAUAUGGAGUAAAUAAUGAUUUAAAAAAUAAAAAUAUGUAUAAUAAAGGAAUGAAAUACGGAAGAAUAGAUAAUAUUGUUAGAUCUAAUGACAACUAUAAUAAUAUGGGAUAUUAUUCUAAUGCUUAUAAUAAUCAUAAUCAUACAUAUAAUGUAUACCAGGAAAAUAAUAAUAACAAAAAUGAGAAUUUCGCAGAGGAUUCAAAAAAAUAUCAAUUAGACAAUAUGAAUGAUAAAAACUCUUAUGGUAAUCGAAUAAAUAAGAACUCAAAAGGAGAUGUAGAUAAUAAAAUUAUGACUACUGCUACUACUAUAAGUACUACUAGCAAUAGUACAAGUAAGUAUAAUAACACUAGUAAUAGAAAUAGUAAUAAUACUAAUAAUAAUAAUACUAAUAAUAAUACUACUACUAUUACUACUACUACUACUAAUAAUAAUAAUACUAAUACUACUACUAAUAAUAAUAAUACUAAUAAUAAUAAUAAUAAUAAUAGCAAUAAUAGCGUUAUUAAUAGUAGUACUACUACUACUAAUAAUAGUAAUAAUAAUGAUAAUAAAGAUAAUAAUGAUAAUAAUGAUAAUAAUGAUAAUAAUGAUAAUAAAGAUAAUAAUGAUAAUAAUGAUAAUAAUGAUAAUAAUGAUAAUAAUGAUAAUAAUGAUAAUAAAGAUAAUAAUAAUAAUAAUGAUAAUAAUGAUAAUAACAACAACAACAAUAAUAACAACAAUAAUAAUAAUAAUAAUAAUAAUGAUAAGAAUAAUAAUAACAACAACAACAACAACAAUAAUAAUAACAACAAUAAUAAUAAUAAUAAUAAUGAUAAGAAUAAUAAUAAUAAUAACAACAACAAUAAUAAUAAUAAUAAUAAUAAUAAUAAUAAUAAUAAUAAUAAUAAUAAUAAUAAUAAUAAUAAUAAUAACAAUAAUAAUAAUAAUAAUAAUUCUACCACUGCUGGUAAUAAGAAGAAAAAUUUAAUGAAAAUAAAUGAUUUUAAUAAAAUCCCCAAGAUAAGAUAUAACAAAAAAGAAUCAUUAACAAAAUAUGAUACGUUUUCUAUUAAAGCUGAUCCAAAAUUAUAUGAUAGAAAGAAUGGUAAAACAUAUUACAACAAAAAGAAUAAUAAGAAUGUAGAUAAAAAAGUUGAUUAUAUAGGUGAAGGAGAUAAAGAAAAAAAAAAAAAAAAUGAAGGAAAAAAAAAAGAUUAUUUAUCAUCUGAAGAACUUAGUGAUCCAAAUAAAUUAAAAGAGGAAAAAAAAAGAAUGAAUUCAAACUUAAAAAGUGAAGAAAAAAAUAAUGUAGUUGAUCAACAAACUAAUAAAGAAAAUGAAAACGAUAAUGAAAACCAAGAAGAAAAUGAUAAAAAAAAAACAUAUAAAAUGGAAAAAAAAAAUAAAAAAGAAACAUAUAGCAGAAACGAUUAUUUUUUUAAUAAUGAUUCAAAAGAAUAUUCAAAAAAUACCAAAAAUAUUUCGAGAAAAAUUUAUAAUAAUAAGUACUUUUUAAAUAAAGAAAAAAAUUCAUCAAAUUUUGAAGAAAAAAAAUCAUUUAAAAAUAAAAAUAAAAUUGAUGAUAAUAAUAACACUAAUAAUAGCAUAAAUCUAAAUACUCAAAAUUUAAAGAAAUAUUCUUAUAUGGAUAUAAUGGAUUCUUGUAAAAAAUUAACAAAUGUAGAAGCCCCUGAAUGUAUAGAUAAAUUAAUAAAAGAGAAUGUUUCCCUUUUUAGAAAACAUGACGAUCAAUUUUGCUGGAAAUUAAAUGUGUUCUAA